UUUCUAUUCAAGUGUCAAAUGUCAAAUUCAAGCCAAGGUGAACAAGACCAACAAAGGCAGAGAUUACGACAACAGCAACAACAUGAUAAUUCACUUGGACUUAUAACACUUGCUUCAGCAGACGUACAGUCACCUCCGGCUUCCGUAUCAUCUUUUGUAUCGUUACUAAGCCAGCCUCCACGCCGAUGCAGUCAUAACAAUAUCCCCAAUCAAUCUUUAUCUUAUGCAAACAUGGAUAGAGUGGAUGAUGAACUAAGCUGGUAAACAUUAUGCACAAAAGAAAAAGAGAAACACAAUCUAAAAUGAAGAACAAUAUGACUUAGUCCUAUAUGUCAAGAUAUAAUGAAAGAAGUAUUUGCGACUAAAUGUGGGCAUUCCUUUUGUUAUGAAUGCAUAAGUGAGCAUAUCAAAUAUCAGUCUGAUUGUCCAUUAUGCAGAUCGAGAUUGUCAAGAAAUGAAAUAUAUCCAAAUUUUCAAUUAAAUAGAUUAGCUGAAUUAAGAAUACAAGUCAUGGAAAGAAAUAUCCCAAUAUUUAAGACUGAUCCUAUGGAAGCUCUAGUGAGAAGAAUCAAGAAUGAUCAUUCAUCUAUAGCAUCUUCUAUUGCCAGUUCAUUACCCUAUUCAGAUAUUGUCAGCUUAUUUAAUCGAGCAUUGGAUGAAAAGAAAAAGAUGCAGGAUGAAGAAUCCAAAAUGAAAGCUGACCUAUUAGACACAUUCUUGGUCAGAUUGAAGAGUAGCAAUGAUAUGACCAUAAAGAAUCUUAUGCUACAGAAUAGGUAUAUUGUAGCUGAUUUAGAUAUCCUUGUCAACAGACAAUCAAGUACUUCUCCUUCUUCAAUCACAGGCCCUUCUUCCUCUUCAUCCCCAUUGGCCACUCCUGUUUCUAAUAACCAACGCAGAAGAAAGAGAAAAUUUGCCGAUAUUGUAGAUUUAACUAGACGUGACGAUGAACAACAGCUUGUGGAUCAGAGUACAGAAGAGGUUGAAAAUGAAGAAAAUAGAUCAACUUCCCGUGCUCGAUCUGUCUUUGAAGAUGUCAACAUUUCUGCAUCAAAUGAGAAUCCAGUUGUCUCACGUAUGGAUGAAAGGUUUAGCGACUUGAGGAGUUUGUACUAUUGUAUGAUGAAUCCUCCGAACUCUGCUGAUUUGGAUGAAGAUGAAAGACAUAGUCAACUGGAAGUCUUCUCAUCUCAUCUCUACGAAAUUGCAAGAUACGGUAGCUUUGAUGUACUUGACACACUUCAUUAUUCAGACACAAGUCAUAGUACGUCCAUUGUAUCUUCUAUUGAAUUUGACAAAGACGAAGAGCUCUUUGCCGUAGGAGGCAUUUUGAAAGAUAUCAAGAUAUAUGAUUUCAGAAUGACUUGCCGUCCUGGUGAAAGUAGAACGAUGAUGCACUGCCCUGUGCGCCGAAUUGCUUGUGAGAACAAGAUUAGCUGUGUUGCUUGGAGCCCUUAUAUCAAGGGGCAAAUCGCCAGCUCGGAUUAUGUAGGUGUCAUCAGUGUUUGGGACGUUGGAACAGGGCAAAAGACGGCAUCCUUUGCUGAGCAUCGCAAACGCGCCUGGAGCGUAGACAUAUGUCAAACAAAUCCAAGUUGGUUGGCUUCUGGUAGCGAUGAUACGACAGUUAAGGUUUGGUCACUGAACAGCCCGCGUUCGAUUUUUACCCUUCCUCAUAAAGGCAACAUUUGUUGUGCCAAGUUUGCACCAAAUAACCAAAACUAUUUGGCUGUUGGAACUGCAGACCACAACAUCAUUUGCUACGAUUUAAGGAAUCCUACCUUGCCUUUGUAUACCUAUCACGGACACCAAAAGGCUGUUUCAUACGUCAAGUGGCUUAAUGACAACGAACUUGUCUCUGCUUCUACAGACAAUUCAAUAAAGCUAUGGGAAAGAGAAACAGUUACCUGCAUGAGAACUUUUACGGGCCAUCUGAACGAAAAGAACUUUGUUGGAUUAUCCGUAAAUGAGAAUUGGAUUGCUUGUGGAAGUGAAACAAAUACGGUCUAUGCAUAUCACAAACAUGCCCAAGCGCCCAUCGCCAAAUACACGUUCCCUAUUGAUGCAAUUCCUACAAGAAUGAUGCUCGAUAGUGAUCCUGCAUACUUUGUUAGUUCGGUAUGCUGGAAAAAGGAUACUUCCAAGCUGCUCUCUGCCAACAGCAAAGGUGUUGUUCGCGUUCUUCAACUGAAAUAAGAAAGAGUGCUUUACCAUUACAUCUCCUCCCCUUGUCUUCAUCGCUAUCUUUUUCUUUCUUUUAUUUCAUGCUUAAUUAGUAUCAUAGUUGUGAUAAAGACGAUAAUAGCAAUGAAAAUAUCUUUACAAUAAACAAAACUAUGCUUCAAAUAAUAUCUUUU